AUGGGAGAAACUCAGAAGGAGAUGGCAGACACGAUCAAGGAGCUGAAAAGUUCGGUCUCUAAGCCAAGCGAAGAAAAUGAGAAACACCCACAAAAGGAGUCUGCUGCUCCUGGAAAAGGGUCUGAACAAAAGGGACCAUCUUUUGUCACCCAAGAAGAUGUCAUUGCUAUGCUGGAAAAAGAGCUGAGUAGAAGCCAAGAGGAUUGGAAGUAUAUUCCUCAACCGCCGUAUCCAUCAAGCUUGCUCCAACAACCAUAUCCUAAGGGCUAUGAAACACCAGGCUUUUUCCUCUUCGGUGGGAGGAAAGAAAGCCCGAAGGAGCAUGUCAACCGUUUCCUUGAUGCCUUGGGACCACGUGCUAGCAACCAUAAUCUCCGGCUCCGUGAGUUCUCAAAGAGCCUUACCGACCGUGCUUAUACAUGGUAUACGACACUAGCACCAGGCUCUGUUCGUUCGUGGGAAGAUUUGGUCAAUAGGUUCUGCAAAAAGUAUUUCCAUCAUGAGGAGAGAGUUACAACCACUCAACUCAACAACACUCGCCAAAAACAUGGGGAGGAUCCCAUUGAUUUUGUAUGCAGGUUCUGGGACCUAGCUUUGGACUGCUAUGACGAAAAGGAUGAGGAGGCGCUGGUCGAAAUUUGCAUCAACAAUAUCGUGACAGAUUAUAGAGUCUAUUUGGAAAACAUUGGCAUCAAUCAAUUUUCUCGGCUGCUGGAAGCAGUAAGGAAGACAAGUAUGUCUGUCAAACCAGCUGGACAGAGAAGCUGGAGGAGUGAGAAGAAGGAGGCGCAUCAGACAUUGGCUGUGGACGAUAAAUCAUCGGAUGACUACAACUCACGCAAGCGAAAGGAUAGGGAGACAUACCCGCCAUUACCUUGCAAAGACGAAGAAUUCCAUGCCAUUCUGGACACAAUGAUUGCUGACAGUGCAAUCAAGCCUCUCAGACCUUACAAAAUCCCCCCCCGAGAGGAGAAAAAUGUUCCUAGGUACUGCCGUUACCAUCAAUUUGUAGGGCAUCCAAGCACAACUUGUCAGAGCUUAAGGAGGAUUUUACAUGCUAAAAUACAUGAGGGAGUCCUCGAGCUUCCCUCUAGGAAGCAAACCAUUGAUGAAGACCCCUUGCCAAAAUGA